UGCGCGUGUGCUGCAGUCUCGGAAAGUAUUAUCUCCGCGAAGAUGAAAAUAGUACCAAGAAACAUGCGAUGUCAAAAUGAUCCCUGGAUUGUAGCCUUCCUCAUUGCAGUGCUUUUGCAGGAUAAUUUGCUGGCGAUCGUAAAUACCGAAGAUGUCACGUCCAAGAAACAGGCUACUUCGCACAAAGGAAAAGAAAAGGAGCUGCCGGAUUUAGAACACUCAGAGGCUUCGUAUUACAGCACAUUUACAGUUCACAAUCAACUCUCUAACUCGUAUCGCCCGCUCGUUUAUUAUUCAUCGACGGCAAAUUCCAUCUUUUCUUUCGGUCAAAAUACGAGCGACGAUCUUCAUCAGCAAAUUAAGUGCGGCGACACUUAUUCCCAAGUCUGUCAGGAAUCACAAUAUCGAAGCUAUGACGGUUCCUGCAAUAAUCUUCGAAAUCCCACCUGGGGCCUGGCGAAUACAAGAUACGGAAGACUUAUACCUCCGCGUUACGGCGAUGGAGUUCGGGCACCAUCGCGAUCGAUCAUCGGCACAGAUCUGCCGUUGGCUCGGGCCGUUAGUUACACGAUGUUUCCGAACGACGGUGCCGAUGACGUAAUAUGGACCCUGAUAGCGAUGCAAUACGGACAAAUCAUAACGCACGACAUGGGCUUGAUCGAUGGCACGACUCAAUCGAAGUCACAUAGCACACGUUGUUGCACAUUCGACGGUCAGUUAGCACCGGACGUGGAGACGAUGCCCCGAUGCUACCCGAUACUGAUACCGCACGACGAUCCGGUGUAUGGCGGGUCCAUAGAGUGUCUGAACUUUGUUCGUAGUACGACCGACCUUGAUCGUGGCUGUUCGUCUCCGUACACAUCAAGCACGGCAGAACAGCUGAACACUGUCACUCACUAUCUAGACCUUUCGCUCGUUUACGGAUCGAACGACGAAACUGCCGCUAGUUUGCGAGCCGGUUUCGGCGGUCGUUUGAAUGUGGAAUUGAAGGAUAACAGAGAAUUUCCACCAUCGGCCCCUAACAAAACUGCCGUGUGCGACACGGUAUAUGAUUUCGAGCCAUGCUACGCUACCGGUGACACACGAGCCAAUCAAAAUCCACAACUGACAAUUUUGCAUAUCAUGCUGCUCAGAGAACACAAUCGCAUUGCUGAUUAUCUGGCGCAUUUGAAUCCUCACUGGUCUGAUGAAACGAUAUUCCAAGAAACACGCCGGAUCGUGAUUGCUGAACAUCAGAAUAUCGUGUAUUACGAAUGGCUGCCGAUCUUCUUAGGUGUAGGACCAGUCUAUGAUAACAAAAUCAUUUACGAUACUCAAGAUUAUGUGAACGAUUACGACGAAACGAUCAUCGGUAACGUGCUCAACGAACACUCGAAUGCGGCCAGUCGAUAUUUCCAUUCAAAUAUUGCCGGCUUACUCAACUUAGUGUCGGAAGAUCGAUCCCCCUUUGCCGCGGUGAGAUUGAGCGAUCACUUUAACAGACCCGGCAUCAUCGAGAAGGGCAACAAUCUGGACGCUUUGACGAGGGGUUGCGCGCAUCAACCGCAAAAGAAUACCGAUGUGUAUUUCGAUAAAGAGAUCACACAGUUCUUGUUCAGGAGAGGAAGGUUCCUCGGGUCCGAUUUGCGAGCGGUAGACAUCCAAAGGGAUCGCGAUCACGGGCUCGCUUCGUACAAUGAUUAUCGCGAACACUGCGGACUGCCACGAGCGAGAACGUUCACCGAUUUUGCCGACUAUAUAUCUCUUUCGGACAUACAAAAACUCACCACACUGUACGUUAGUCCGGAUGACGUCGAGUUGACCGUCGGUGGAUCCUUGGAGAGGCAUGUUAAUGGUGCGCUGGCUGGACCGACGUUCCUGUGCAUCAUGUUGAGACAGUUCCAGCAAACGCGAGUCGGUGAUCGUUUCUGGUUCGAGACGGGAGAUCCGAAAAUAGCAUUUACCAUAG